GAGAGAGAGAGAUGCAGGUAUUAACGGGAGGUAGGGAGGGAAGCGCAGUUGUUGCUGGCCGUCGGGACACCAGGAGAACAGGAGGGGAUGUGUUGUUGUUGUGCCGAUGGCUGUCUUUCUUUUUCGUAUAAGAACUCGCCACUUCCUCCAAACGGAGACGCAGGUGUAGCCUCUUCAGCCUCCCUCCACCCUGCUGCUACCUAUCCCAGUUUUCCAUGCGCCGCGCCUCUCCUUUCCAGUCACCAAAGGGGGAUUUUACGCGCCGGAGUGGGAAGAAAUAACACCAUGUUAAAUGAAAUGUGGCGCGUCUCUUUUGUGCGCCGUACGUUACCGCGGCUGUGAAUGUGAUGCCGGCUCUGCACUCAGCACAGAUGACUUGAACCGGGCGGCAGAGGCGGUUGCAUACAGUAUGUUUCUCACUACGGCGGCCCCCCUCCGCCGUGGGAGCACACCCCUGCCUGUCAAACACCAGCUGCGGAGGGAAGAGGCCGUGUCCGAGGACUGCGAUUGGAUCCCGGGCUUGGAGGAGCCUGCCACAUUGCCUAUCAGUGACACAGCGGUGCCUCGGGAUGAAUCCUUCAGCCAAUCAGCAGCCGCCCAGUCAGCUUACCACAGCCAUGGCGGGGCACUGAGGAUAGUGCUCCUGGGACAGAAUGGCGUGGGCAAGUCGUCGCUAGCCUUAUCUCUGGCUGGGCAGUCGGACAGAUCCCUCUCCAUAGACUCUGAGACACAAGCAUGUGGUGAGGGCUACGAGUGCACAGUGACAGUCGACGACGAGGACAGCAAAGUCAUAUUUUUCGAUAACUGGAAACAGGACCUGUCCACUCUGCAGUGUGAUGUGUGCAUCCUCGUAUUCUCAGUGACUGACAGGCGAAGUUUCCACCGCACCGCCCAGCUCCGCCUCCUCCUCAGGGAGUCCCAGCCACAGACACCAAUCAUCCUAGUGGGCAACAAGAGCGACCUUGUCCGCUCCCGUGAGAUCAGCUCAGAUGAGGCCCAAUCCAGCGCCAUGAUGUUCGACUGCGUCUAUAUGGAGCUCUCAGCCUCCCUGGACCACGGCACCAAUGAGCUGUUGGAGGCCGCAGUACGGAUUGCGAGGGGCGACUGCGUGGGCCCUGGCUGGACCGACGGGGACCCCGGGGCAGGCCGCAGGGAGAGCCUGACCAGCCGGGCCAAACGCUUCCUGGCGGGUCUGGUGCCACGCUCGUACGGUCGGGACAGGGACCGGGAUCGGGGGCGCUACCGGGAAAUGAGCCGCCACCGGGGCAGCAAGAUCCUCCGCCAGAAGUCCCGCUCCUGCCACGACCUGAGUGCACUGUGACACACACGCAUGCAUACAUAUGGGCAAAGAGACACAAGCCCACACAUGUACACACACACAUACACACACACCAGAUUGAAGGAUAUUAGGGACAGGGAGGUGCAAAAGAUGGAGAGGGUAAAAUAGAAGAUAGUGGGGAAGAAAGCCUAAAUAUGUAGGAGACUUGGACAAUUAGAGAUAAAUUUAGCAAAGGUGCAUAAAAGAAAAGGGAGAAAAAGCCUAGAUCAGCCUGGAUCACAGCACUGAACUUUUAUCUUCUCCCUCUUAGUGAAACCAAUUUUGAGAGAGAAGGAGGCCAGGUUGGAGAGGAAAAACAGAGAAGCAGAUAAGGAGGUGAGCAUGGGUGAAUCAGCGAGCACUCAUUACCUGAUGAGAGCAGGAGAGAGAAAAUUAGUGACAAUGCAUAGAAUGGGUGGUGGGGGGGUCACAAAUAAACACACAACGAAGUAGCACGCACUGAUUAUGUAGAGACUGAUAGGAAUCUAAUGUAUACCUAUUGUAAACCCUGUUUUAUAGCAUGCCGAGUAGACGAUCUAAGACAUGACCCUGUAGGUUUUACUGGAUUGACUGUACCUCAGUGGCCAAUAGCUAAUGCACAAUCUAGCUAGUGUCUCUAGCGAUGCCAUCUCAAAGGCAAGACCCUUUAUUUGUAACAAAAAAACCACAAAAAAACGCUCCUUCUCUGCGCAUUUUCUAAGCCACAAUCUUCACACUGCAUCCACCUUUUGUCUCCAGUAACUGAUUUGAAGAAGUGUUACCACCAAUGGCAUACAUUCAUCUGUGAUUUUUAUACAAGGAUAAAAACAUCAGCCAAGCCAUAUUUCUGCUGAACGCAUUAUGAGCGAUCGGCACAAAGAACCCUUUACCGUAGGAUGUGGAGUGAAAGGAAAAACAGUCAAAAUAGCUACAAGCAGGGAUGACCAGACUGAACUUUUCUUCAAUAGAAGCUGAGUCACAGAACGCUGGGAUGUUCUUGAAGCACAGGAGGACAAACAAGAGAAAACCUAAUCUACCUGUGGCUGUUUGAUGUUUCCAUUUUUCUCUUUUUAUCCACUGGCAUUAUUAUGUGUGUUGAGACUGGAUUCUGUGGGGGCUGGCCACACAGGUGACCCAAAAGAGAACGUUCUGGAAACGUUGUUCGGAUAUCUCGUCAAGCGUGGCGACGUCACUGACACAUACGCACUCGUUUGUCACCGUCUACUGAGCACUCAUCUUUCCACUGAGAAUAAAUCAAUUUUUGUUUGACAU